GUAAGGACAUAAGUAAUUAGGGACAGCCUCGGCGUGUAUAAACGUCACUUGCAGCAUUCAUGCUUCCACUGCACUUUGCAAGUACGGAAUUAACUUAUGAAGUCGCACUCAGUCUUCAGUGCAUUAUUCCUUCCUCUGUCCGGCUUCUCAUCUGUUUACUUCAGGAUCGUCUCCGUUCUGUCAUCCAGCCACAUCGUUGACAGGGAAAACAUCUUCUAAUGACUGUCAUCGGAAAAUAGACGUGACAAACAGGAAUAGAACCUAUAAAUUUAAAUAAACAUCUUGGCUGUUCUCAUGCAAAAUUAUUAAACUCACACUGAGCUACCUAUAGGAUGGAGAACAAGGCCAUGUACUUGAGUACCUAUCAGGACCGGGACAACGGCUCGUUCUACGAGGAGGCCUACGAUGGACGGAACCUCUCCAAACUCAACCUGUGUGAAGAGUCCUGUUCUUCAAAGAGGAGAAAGGGAGAUAGCUGUUGUGGCCACCUCAACUCCCUGUCUGCCAUCAAAUAUGCCAUCGUGUCAUUGUACAUCCUGGUCCUCUUGAGCAUUCUCGGCCUCUGCAUAGCAGUCUCCAGGUCUCAGGUGUCCUCGGAGAAGCAAGAGGCCCUGAUGGAGAACAUCACCAGGCUGGGCGAGCGCUCCCGAGACCUCCAGGAGUCCCUGGGCCAGCUCUCCUCGCAGGGCGACCUGCUGGAGAACAUCUGGAAGCUGGAGGGCCUCUUCCAGAACCACUCGGAGGCGCUGGAGCAGCUGAGCCGCACGGUGCGCGGCUUGGAGCGGGACGUCCGCAGCCUGCAGGAGCACUCGGCCCAGACGGACGACUCGGUGGAGCGGCUCGGACGCCGACUGGACGUCGCGUCGGGUCCGAGGAACGGAAGCGUCGGUGGCGGCGGCGGCGGAAGCGUGGACGCUCAGCUGGCCCACGCCGCCAGCUCGCUGCAGGCCCAGGAUGCCUUGCUGCGCGAGACGUCGCUGCGCGUGGACCAGCUGCGGGAGCGCGUGGAGGACAUCGGCUGGAUGGUGGGUGCGGUGAACCACACGUUCUCCGGCGAGGUCAGCGUCCACCGCACCAAGAUCCAGGACCUGCAGGUGCAGAUCAGCAACGUGACGCACGACACGCUGACCAUGAAGGUCAUGCAGGUGCACCUGGAGGACCAGAUGAGGAACGAGCUGGAGAUCCUCAACGUCAUCACGGAGGACCUGAGGCUCAAGGACUGGGAGCACUCGGUCGCUCUUAAGAACAUCACGUUCAUAGAAGGCCCAAAAGGACCAAAAGGAGAUAAGGGUGACGAUGGCGCUCUGGGCCCAGUCGGUCCACCUGGCCUGAGUGGACUAAGAGGCGUUGAGGGAGAAAAGGGCGUCCAGGGUCCCCGGGGGCUGAAGGGAGCCGGCGGCCUGGACGGCGUCGACGGCCAGAAAGGAGAUAUGGGGCUGGAGGGGCCCAAAGGUCAGAGGGGAGAGCGGGGGCCCAAGGGGGACAAAGGAGACCGAGGCGACAGAGCAGGGGAGAGAACAGUGGAGGCGACGCUGGUCAGGCUGGUGAACGGCUCGGGUCUUCACGAGGGCCGCGUGGAGGUGUUCCACGAGCGACGCUGGGGCACCGUGUGCGACGACGUCUGGGAUAAGAAGGACGGAGACGUGGUGUGCAGGAUGCUGGGCUUCCGAGGAGCCAAAGAGGUCCACAAGACCGGACGCUUCGGCCAGGGCACCGGUCUCAUUUGGAUGGACGAUGUGGCCUGCGUUGGCACUGAGGACACCAUUCACCAGUGCAAGUUCUCCGGAUGGGGCAGGACCAACUGUGGCCAUGUGGAAGAUGCGGGGGUGACGUGUAACACCUAA